AUGCUUGGAGAAUUAAUAAAUUAUCACGACGGUUGCAAGUGUGGGGAUAAGUGCCAAUGUGGUUCUGUUUGUAAAUGUGGUCACAAUACCGAAACUACUGAUAAAGGUUGUGCCGCUUGUGGUGAAUCCUGCAAAUGCACUUCUGGAAGUUGCUGUGGUAAGGAUACUUGCACUUGCAAGCACUAA